GGGGACAUGGGUGUGACAGCCCCUGUGCAAUGGGGACACUGGUGUGACACAGCCCCUGUGCCCAGCACUCGGGGACAUGGUGACCCCCAGAGGUGGUGGCACUGCCAGGGCAGGACCCCCACAGGCUGUGGCAGCUCUGGGGGUCCCCGCCCUGUCCCCGGGGGGCUUUGGGGACCCCCUAACACCGCGUGUCCCCCCUGCCAGGCGUGGAGGGAAGCCCAUGGCCCCCGGACCCCCGCAGCGCCCCCGCGCCCGGCCCCGGCCCCGCAGCCCCUGACGGCCCCGGGACCCCCCCGGCCGGCCCCGGGGAGCCCCCGCAGGUGUCCCCGGCGCCGCUGAGCCAUGCGGGAUCUGCCGGAGCCAUGAGCAGCUGUCGCUACAAUGGGGGGGUGACACGGCCCCGCGGCCCCCCGAGCUCGUCGCAGCCGCCGGACGGGGAGACCCAACCCCUGCGGCCGUGCCCCAGCCCGGGGCUGCGGGUGGUGAUCUCCCGGCCCGGGGGAGCGGAUCCCGGCGCGGCGGGGCGGGAGGAGGCGGAGGAGCGGCCCGGGGAGCGGCGGAGGAACCAGAACAUCGGCUACAAGCUGGGCCACCGGCGGGCCCUCUUCGAGAAGCGCAAGCGGCUCAGCGACUACGCGCUCAUCUUCGGCAUGUUCGGCAUCGUGGUGAUGGUCACCGAGACCGAGCUGUCCUGGGGGGUCUACACCAAGGAGUCGUCGUAUUCGUUCGCACUGAAAUGCCUUAUCAGCCUCUCCACGCUCAUCCUGCUGGGGCUCAUCGUCAUGUACCACGCCAGGGAGAUCCAGCUGUUCAUGGUGGACAACGGCGCUGACGACUGGCGCAUCGCCAUGACCUCGGAGCGCAUCUUCUUCAUCGCGCUGGAGCUGGUGGUGUGCGCCAUCCACCCCAUCCCCGGCCAGUACCUGUUCACCUGGACCGCCCGCCUGGCCUUCACCUACGCCGCCUCGGUGGCCGAGGCCGACGUGGACAUCAUCCUGUCGGUGCCCAUGUUCCUGCGGCUCUACCUGAUCGGGCGGGUGAUGCUGCUGCACAGCAAACUCUUCACGGACGCGUCGUCGCGCAGCAUCGGAGCGCUCAACAAGAUCAACUUCAACACGCGCUUCGUCAUGAAGACGCUCAUGACCAUCUGCCCCGGCACCGUGCUGCUGGUGUUCAGCAUCUCGUCGUGGAUCAUCGCCGCGUGGACCGUGCGCGUCUGCGAGAGGUACCACGACAAGCAGGAGGUGACCAGCAACUUCCUGGGGGCCAUGUGGCUGAUCUCCAUCACCUUCCUGUCCAUCGGCUACGGGGACAUGGUGCCACACACCUACUGCGGCAAGGGCGUGUGCCUGCUCACCGGCAUCAUGGGCGCCGGCUGCACCGCCCUGGUGGUGGCCGUGGUGGCCCGGAAGCUGGAGCUGACCAAAGCCGAGAAACACGUGCACAACUUCAUGAUGGACACGCAGCUCACCAAGCGGGUGAAGAACGCCGCUGCCAACGUGCUCAGGGAAACGUGGCUCAUCUACAAACACACCAAGCUGGUGAAGAAGAUCGACCACGCCAAAGUUCGGACCCACCAGCGUAAGUUCCUCCAAGCCAUCCAUCAGCUGAGGAGCGUCAAGAUGGAGCAGCGCAAACUCAACGACCAGGCCAACACCUUGGUGGACCUGGCCAAGACGCAGAACGUGAUGUACGAGAUGGUGUCGGAGCUGCAGGAGCGCCACGAGGAGCUGGAGAAGCGGCUGGGGGCGCUGGAGGGGAAGCUGGAGGCGCUGGGGCUGAGCCUGCUGGCGCUGCCCGCCACGCUCAGCCAGGCCCUGGGCCAGCAGCGGGACCUGCUGGGGGCCCGCGCCCCCCGCCCCUGCCCCGCCACCGCCCCCUGCACCCCCAGCCGCGACCCCCGCCCCGACAGCCCCCGGGCCGCCUCCGACAGCGGCUGA